AUGACGUCCAAGUCGCAGCUCGCCAACCCGCUGCUCAGCCCGCUGCUCUUCCUCUACCAAGUCAUCCAAUGGCUGCUGGACAAGGCCCUGUCGCCGAGCCCGCCCCGGCCCAACGGCCAGCUGCGGAGGCCCCGCAUCGCCAUCAUCGGCGCCGGCAUCACGGGUGUCACGGCCGCGUCGCACAUCUGCGGGCACGGGUACGAUGUCGUGCUGUUCGAGGCCGGCUCCGAGGAGCAGCUGGGGGGGAUCUGGAGCAGAGUCAACGACACGUCCGGCCUGCAGAUCCACUCCUUGAUGUAUCGGUUCCAUCCAUCGGUCAAGUGGGAGCAGGGCUACCCCAACCGCAAUCAGAUCCUCGGCCAGGUGCGCCAGCUCUGGAAGCGCUACGGGCUGCAGAACAAGACGCGCUUCAACUUCAAGGUCGACAGGGUCUACCAGGACGACGCCGGCCGCUGGGUCAUCAACGACCCGUCCCACGGCCACUUUGAGGGCCUCAUCGCCGCCGUCGGCACCUGCGGCGAGCCCAACAUGCCCUACAUCCCCGACGUGGACAAGUUCCGCGGGCCCGUCUUGCACUCGAGCGAGCUGACCGGAAAAGACGCCAAGGGCAAAAAGGUGGUGGUCAUCGGCGGCGGCGCCUCGGCCAUAGAGGCCUUCGAGUGGGCGCACGCCGCAGACGCCGCCCACGUCUCGGUCCUCUCGCGCUCCGACAAGUGGAUCAUCCCGCGCGACAUCAUUGUCAACACGCUGCUGAGCUUCAACAUCUUCGGCCAGGAGACGAGCCUGUCCUUCAUCCCCGAGUUCCUGCUGCGCCGCUUCUUCUACAAGGACCUCGACUACCUCGCCCCCGCCGACAAGGGCCUCUUCACCGACACCCCCAUGGUCAACUCGGACAUCAUGACCAAGCUGCGCGACGGCUCGGCCGAAUGGGUCCGCUGCGACAUCGAGGGCUUCACCGACGCCGCCGUCGUCGUCAACCGCCGCGCAAAGGGCGUCCCCAAGGGCGGGCCGGGCCACCGCGAGACCAUCGACGCAGACGUCGUCGUCAUGGCCACGGGCUUCAAGCGGCCCUCGCUGUCCUUCCUGCCGGACGACUGCUUCGUCGAGCCCUACCAGAGCCCCAACUGGUACCUGCAGACGUUCCCGCCCCAGCACCCGUCGCUCUCGGCCAUCAACUGCACGUACCUGGCCGGCAUCGGCAGCGUCGGCAACUGGCACAUUGGCAUCUACACGCGCAUCCUGCUCAUGUUCGUCAUCGACCCGCUGACGCGCCCGAGCCCCUUUUGGAUGAAGCGCUGGAUCGACAUGACGCGCUUCCUCAAGCGCAACAGCCCCAUUGGCGCCUUUGACUUCUUCACCUACCUCGAGCUGCUCUGGUGGUUCGCCUUUUGCGUCGCCAUCAACCCGUUCCGCUGGAAGUGGGCCGUCUUUGUCCUCUUUGGCGUGGGCUUGUCGUGGCCCCAGGCGUUUGUGAGGCAAGAGGAGAAGCUCCUGAAUGGAGAGGGGUACCGGCGAAGAGACCAGGGAUCGAGCUUCUGA